AUGAUGAUCUCACAAAACCGUUCCACGCACCUCGAAAAAGACAUUGGAGACACCAUGCCACCAGAGGGGUGGGCACCAAUCGUGACCUGAACAACAGGGCCUGUCAGCCAGUCAUAAUUGAAGAGCCUCGUGACCUUUCACAAUUGCUGCUGCGACUGCACGCAUUCCCGCGGCGUAGAUGGAGACACACAGGCCUAAGUCGGGACUGUAGCCUACUAAGCAGCAGCAGAGAUUUGUCUACCUGUCGAUUAGGUUGCAGCAAGGGUUUCUUCCAAAUCAAGCCUCUGGGAUUGGUUAUUAGUCUGUCGACUGCUCAUGGAACUUGAUGAAUAUGAAAUGAGGAGCGACAUAGACACAUUAAGGACUGGUAAGUGUCUCACUCUGACAUUUUGCUCUCACAAUUGCCUUCAGAAUUGAUCAUGCAUUCAGUCAAAACGUUAGUCAGAUCAAUAAAAGCAUAUAUCAGUGUAGGGUUUAUAAAUACUGUACUAAUGUGCUAGUAUAGGCCUAAAUUACUCAAGCCUAUUGCAGGCUACAUGUCCAGAAAAGGUUUUGUAUGUGGUUGUAUUUUGUUUGGCAAAGUUUCAGUGAGAAUGAAGAUCAGUUGCAAGCAGGAGCUGUAGGAUAUAGCCUACUCAGGACAGAGUCUGCUGCUCAAACUUGAAUAUUUACUGUUUGAGGUUUGCACAGUGGCAAAUAAAGGCAUGUUUGCUUGUCACAUAAAGGAGUUACAUUGAACACAAGGGGCCUUAUUUCAUUUUCUCAGGUUCAGAAUGUACUCUUGUACAAACUGCCUACUCUAGAAAUCCGAUGUCUCCUUUGUAAAAGGGUACAGAAUACGUAACUCUGUGUUGUUGUUGUUUUUAUCGCACUGCUUUGCUUUAUCUUGGCCAGGUCGCAGUUGUAAAUGAGAACUUGUUCUCAACUGGCUUACCUGGUUAAAUAAAGGUGAAAUAACAAAUAAACAGAAAUGGCCAUCAAUUAGUUUACUGGACACAUUCAGCAUCACAUCCAUGUCUCAAGACUAGAGCAUAUUAAUGAUCAUCACCUUUACAUUGGCCCAUAGAAUAGGCUAUAGUACACAGAAUAUUAUGUUAGUCCAUCCCAUGUAUCUUGGUCAGGUGGGAUUUUAACUGUGAGAAAUAUGACUGUCACUGAUUAUGAAAUGUUGAAUACAUCAUGAAUUGGUCAAUAAAUCAUGAUGCCCACACACUUUUCAUUAUGCACUGUAAAAAAGUCUGGAUGUUGCAACUAAAUAUUAUUACGUAACUGGUUCCACAGCCUUUUUUUUGUUUACUCAACUUUUUGGUCAAAGUGUUACCUGAAUUUAACAUUUUCAGUUGGCCCAAACUUAGCUCCAACAUGAGAAAACGUAGGUUUAAUUAACAUAUGAGACAAAUUGAGCAAACACAUCAUUUGCAUUUUUGCCUACGUUUUCUGAGCUUGGGCCAACUAAAAACAUCCCUGGCUAAGGAAAACAGUCCCCUGGCUAAGGAAAACAGUCCCCUGGCUAAGGAAAACAGUCCCCUGGCUAAGGAAAACAGUCCCCUGGCUAAGGAAAACAGUCCCCUGGCUAAGGAAAACAGUCCCCUGGCUAAGGAAACAGUGCUGAGCAAUUCCACAAAACUCCCCCAUCAUCCCACCCUCUAAGCUUACAGUAAGUGUGUUUCCUACAUUUCUUGGCUGGAUCAGUUGAAGAAGUUACAUGUCAACUUUGAAUGCUUGGAUUCCAUCUCUGGGCAAUUCCACGGUAACGGAAUUGUGCUCAGACUCUGAUUUCAAAGUUUAACAAACCAUACAACUCUAUGCACAAGGACUACUUUUAACAAUUUACACUGAAAAUUAACAAAAACAUUUACUGGAAGAACUGUGCAGAUGCAAAGUUUGGUAACAGAAUGUCUGUAAAAUCUCCCACUGUUUUUUUUAUGUGUCCACGUUUUCCAAAAACAUAGUUAAAUAUCUGCUCCGAAUUAAGAUUCAUCAACGUCUGCAGAAAGAAUGGGGUGUCAGCUAUGACAUGACACAUUGACUUUAAAAACGUAUCUUUUGGUUAUUGAACUACAGUAAGUGAAGUGGAUUUACAGUUGGUAACGGAAUUGCAGUAAGGGAAUUACAUCAUGGGUCCCUGAUCUGUACUACACAGAAAUGCAUAAUUAUGAAUAUGAAUGUCAUUCUCUUCAUGGUGAUGUGUCCUAAAUAGGUACACAAAGGUAGAAAUAUGCAAUAUCCUCCUUUGCAUAUUUAAGCGGCGCUUUACAUUGGCCCCGGUCCUAGGGCAUCCUGAGCCGUCCCUGCCGUUCAUUGUGGAGGUGGAUGCUUCAGACGUUGCGGUGGGAGCAAUCCUAUCCCAGCUGUUCCUCAUGGAUGGUAAGACUCACCCCUGCGCGUUUUUCUCCGGCUGUCCCCGGCGGAGCGGAAUUACGACGUGGUGAACCGUGAGUUGCUAGCGGCCUGGGGGAGUGGAGGCAUUGGCUAGAGGGGGCCGCCCAUCCAUUUGUUGUAUGGACAGACCAUAAGAACUUAGCCUACAUUCAGGGGGCCAAUAGGCUCAACUCGCGCCAAGCCAGGUGGGCGUUGUUCUUCAUUAGGUUCCAGUUCACCAUCUCAUACCGUCCGGGCAGUUCGCUCUCGACCCCGUGGACCUGGUGGAGAGGGACGACCCCAUUGUCCCCAAGCCCUGAUUUUGUGGGGAAUCGAUAGGCUGGUCAGAGCAGCGCUACGGCGGGAGCCCGAUCCGGGCGGAGGUCCAUCGGGGAGGAUGUACAUACCCAAGGCUGCGCGCUCGCGACUGCUUCAGUGGGCGCAAGCGUCCGACCUCACCAGCCAUCCGGGGGGCGCCAGGACGUUAGAGUUCCUGCGUAGGAGGUUCUGGUGGCCAUCUGCGCCUUCGUGGCUGCUUGCCCGGUGUGCGCGCGCACGAAGAGCUCACGUCAGCCUGCGGCAGGGCUUCUCCGACCCCUGCCUAUCCCCAAGCGACCCUGGUCCCACAUCUCGCUGGAUUUCAUUUCCGCCUUACCCCCCUCUGAUGGAUACACAGUCAUCCUGGUCGUUGUGGACCGGUUCUCGAAGGCUGCCCACUUCAAAUCAAAUCAAAUUGUAUUUGUCACAUGUGCCGAACACAACAUGUGUAGACCUUACAGUGAAAUGCUUACUUACAAGCCCUUAACCAACAAUGCAGUUUUAAGAAAGAAUACCAAAAGAAAUCACAAAAAAAUACAAUAUUAAAUCAUACGAAAUAAAAGUAACAAAUAAUUACUGAGCAGCAGUAAAAAUAACAAUAGCGAGGCUAUAUACAGGGGGUACUGGUACCGAGUCAAUGUGCGGUGGCACCGGUUAGUCGAGGUAAUUGGGGUAAUAUGUACAUGUAGGUAGAGUUAUUAAAGUGACUAUGCUUAGAUAAUAAAUAGAGAGUAGCAACAGCGUAAAAGAGGGGUGCGGGGGCAAUGCAAAUAGUCUGGGUAGCCAUUUGAUUAGAUGUUCAGGAGUCUUAUUUCUUGGGGGUAGAAGCUGUUUAGAAACCUCUUGGACCUAGACUUGGCGCUCCGGUACCGCUUGCCGUGAGGUAGCAGAGAGAACAGUCUAUGACUAGGGAGGCUGGAUUCUUUGACCAUUUUUAGGGCCUUCCUCUGACACCACCUGGUAUAGAGGAUGGCAGGAAGCUUGGCCCCAGUGAUGUACUGGGCCGUACGCACUACCCUCUGUAGUGCCUUGCGGUCGGCGGCAGAGCAGUUGCCAUACCAGGCAGUGAUGCAACUAGUCAGGAUGCUCUCAAUGGUGCAGCUGUAGAACCUUUUGAGGAUCUGAGGACCCAUGCCAAAUCCUUUCAGUCUCCUGAGGGGGAAUAGGUUUUGUCGUGCCCUCUUCACGACUGUCUUGGUGUGCUUGGACCAUGUUAGUUUGUUGGUGAUGUGGACACCAAGGAACUUGAAGCUCUCAACCUGCUCCACUACAGCCCCGACGAUGAGAAUGGGGGCGUGCUCAGUCCUCUUAUUUUUCCUGUAGUCCACAAUCAUCUCCUUUGUCUUGAUCACGUUGAGGGAGAGGUUGUUGUCCUGGCACCACAUGGUCCGGUCUCUGACCUCCUCCCUAUAGGCUGUCUCGUUGUUGUCGGUGAUCAGGCCUACCCCUGUUGUGUCAGCAAUAUUAAUGAUGGUGUUGGAGUCAUGCCUGGCCAUGCAUUCAUGAGUGAACAGGGAGUACAGAAGGGGACUGAGCACGCACACCUGAGGGGGCCCCGUGUUGAGGAUCAGCGUGGCGGAUGUGUUGUUACCUACCCUUACCACCUGGGGGCGGCCCGUCAGGAAGUCCAGGAUCCAGUUGCAGAGGGAGGUGUUUAGUCCCAGGGUCCAUAGCUUAGUGAUGAGCUUUGAGGGCACUAUGGUGUUGAACACUGAGCUGUGGUCAAUGAAUAGCAUUCUCACAUAGGUGUUCCUUUUGUCCUGGUGUGAAAGGGCAGUGUGGAGUGCAAUAGAGAUUGCAUCAUCUCUGGAUCUGUUGGGGUGAUAUGCAAAUUGGAGUGGGUCUAGGGUUUCUGGGAUAAUGGUGUUGAUGUGAGCCAUGACCAGCCUUUCAAAGCACUUCAUGGCUACAGACGUGAGUUCUACGGGUUGGUAAUCAUUUAGGCAGGUUACCUUAGUGUUCUUGGGCACAGGGACUAUGGUGGUCUGCUUGAAACAUGUUGGGAUUACAGACUCAGACAGGGAGAGGUUGAAAAUGUCAUUGAAGACACUUGCCAGUUGGUUAGCGAAUGCUCGGAGUACACAUCCUGGUAAUCCGUCUGCGGCCUUGUGAAUGUUGACCUGUUUAAAGGUCUUACUCACAUCGGCUACGGAGAGCGGACAGCUGAUGCUCAUGCAUGUUUCAGUGUUUCUUGCCUCGAAGCGAGCAUAGAAGUAAUUUAGCUCGUCUGGUAGUCUUGUGUCACUGGGCAGCUCGCGGCUGUGCUUCCCUUUGUAGUCUGUAAUAGUUUGCAAGCCCUGCCACAUCCGACGAGCGUCGGAGCCGGUGUAGUACGAUUCGAUCUUAGUCCUGUAUUGACGCUUUGCCUGUUUGAUGGUUCGUCUGAGGGCAUUGUGGAAUUUCUUAUAAGCUUCCAUGUUAGAGUCCUGCUCCUUGAAAGCGGCAGCUCUACCCUUUAGCUCAGUGCGGAUGUUGCCUGUAAUCCAUGGCUUCUGGUUGGGGUCUGAGGCACUGCAUCGCAGUGCUAGCUGUGCCACUAGAGAUCCUGGUUCGAAUCCAGGCUCUGUCGUAGCCGGCCGCGACCGGGAGACCCAUGGGGCGGCGCACAAUUGGCCCAGCGUCGUCCAGGGUAGGGGAGGGAAUGGCCGGCAGGGAUGUAGUUCAGUUGGUAGAGCAUGGCGUUUGCAACGCCAGGGUUGUGGGUUCGAUUCCCACGGGGGGCCAGUAUGAAAAAAAUUAUUAUAAUAAUAAUGUAUGCACUCACUAACUGUAAGUCGCUCUGGAUAAGAGCGUCUGCUACAUGACUAAAAUGUAAAAACAUGUAAAUGUAUGUACGUACAGUCACUGUGGGGACCAUGUGGUGUACUCCUCAAUGCCAUCGGAAGAAUCCCGGAACAUAUUCCAGUCUGUGCUAGCAAAACAGUCCUGUAGCUUAGCAUCUGCUUCAUCUGACCACUUUUUUAUUGACCGAGUCACUGGUGCUUCCUGCUUUAGUUUUUGCUUGUAAGCAGGAAUCAGGAGGAUAUAAUUAUGGUCAGAUUUUCCAAAUGGAGGGCGAGGGAGAGCUUUGUAUGCGUCUCUGUGUGUGGAGUAAAGCUGGUCUAGAGUUUUUUUCCCUCUUGUUGCACAUUUAACAUGCUGGUAGAAAUGAGGUAAAAUGGAUUAAAGUUUCUCUGCAUUAAAGUCCCCAGCCACUGGGAGUGCCGCCUCUGGAUGAGUAUUUUCCUGUUUGCUUAUGGCCGUAUACAGUUCAUUGAGUGCGGUCUUAGUGCCAGCAUUGGUUUGUGGUGGUAAAUAGACAGCUACGAAGAAUAUAGAUGAAAACUCUCUUGGUAGAUAGUUCCUUAGAUUUCGUGCACCAGCUGUUGUUUACAAAUAUACAUAGACCGCCACCCCUUGUCUUACCAGAGGCUGCUGUUCUAUCCUGCCGAUACAGUGUAUAACCCGCCAGCUGUAUGUUAUUCAUGUCAUCGUUCAGCCACGACUUGGUGAAACAUAAGAUAUUACAGUUUUUAAUGUCCUGUUGGUAGGAUAUUCGUGCCUGUAGUUUGUCCAUUUUAUUAUCAAGCGAUUGUAAAUUGGCCAAUAGUAUCGAUGGCAAAGGCAGAUUAGCCCGAUCUUCCGCGAUAUCUCCUUUUCUUUCUACUGCGAAUGACGGGGAUGAGGACCGUGUCAGUUGUCAGGAGCAAAUCCCUCUCGUCCGACUCAGAAAAUAAAAAUUAUUCAUCCAGUUCAAGGUGAGUAAUCGCUGUUCUGAUGUCCAGAAGCUCUUUUCGGUCACAAGAGACGGUAGCAGCAACAUUAUGUCCAAAAUAAGUUACCCUCUUCAUCCUGUUCCCCCUCUGCACCUCAUCGGAGGGCAGCCAGAUUUUACUGUGGACCAGAUCCUGGACUGCCAGCGGGUGGGGAAGGGUCUCCAAUUUCUGGUGGACUGGGAGGGUUAUGGGCCGGAGGAGCGGUCCUGGGUGCACAGGAGGGACAUUCUGGACACAGGGCUGAUAACAACAUUCCGGCACCGAGGCUGGGGCCGUUCGUCGGGAGGGGGGGGGCACUGUUACAGGAGGAGGUCGCAGUUCCGGAGUGACCCACUAGGUGUCAUCCUCCGACAACCUUAGGCACCUCCUCACUCACAGUCUGGACUAAUCAGUAUCCUAUUGGUUUCACCUGUGUCUUCCUGUUCACCUGUGUAUUUAUGACCCACUAGGUGUCAUCCUCCGACAACCUUAGGCACCUCCUCACUCACAGUCUGGACUAAUCAGUAUCCUAUUGGUGUCACCUGUGUCUUCCUGUUCACCUGUGUAUUUAUGCCCUCACUUCCCUGUGUUCCCUUUGCUCAGUUUUCUCUGUUAGUUUCCCUAUGUCCAGCAGUACUAAUCAGUGUCUGAUCGGAGACCUAUGUACAGGUACUUGAGACGUGUUCUCCCUGUUUAGUUAUUUUUCGUAUUUUUGCUGUCAGACGGUUUUUGGAGACUUAUUUGCUCUGCCUUUCUUUUAUCGUGAUAAGUCUGUUAUUUUGUAUUCUGGCUUCUGGACCAACAGUAAAGAUCCUUGUUUCACCAUCUCUGCCUACUGCCUACUGUACAUCCUGCACCGCACCUGGGUCACACCUCACACCAACCCUUACAGUAGUCAAUUCAAUUGCAGAAAUUCAGUUACCGUUUUAAUCACUUAAUAAUUAAUAAACAAAAUUGAUAUCAGUAAAAACACUAACUAAUUGAUAGGUCUACCUAUACUUGUUACUUCUGUGAACUUUCAUUAUCCUCCCUUCUAAUGAGGGAGAGAAAUGUGAAAAUAUCUUAAAGAUAUGUGGGGUUUUGGUAACGGAAUUUCAAGGCACAAGGUAAUGUUUCUUAAACUUACAGAACACUGUUCAAGAAAGGCCUUUUUCCCUUUAUUCAGAUUACAACCUCUCACUUUCAGUUAUUUGAAAAGGAAAUAAUCUCCCAAAUGUCACUAUUUCUAAAACAAGCCAUAGAAAGUUGGUUGCAAUUUCAAUUUAAUCCUCCAGAAACGACAGAACAAAUAAUGCAACAAAUAUUGUGGUUAAAUUCAAAUAUACUAAUUGACAAAAAACCUUUAUUUUCUGACAGAAUGUUUAAAAAAGGUAUAAUCUUCGUAAAUGAUAUCAUCGGUAGGACUGGUGGAGUUAUGUCGCACAUGCAGCUAACAAAAACAUAUGGAAAUGUCUGCUCUAUCCAAAAUUACAACCAAAUAAUUGCAGCCUUACCGCAAAAGUGGAAGAGGAAAGUUGAAGGGGGAGAAAGUAAAGAACUUGUCUGUCGGCCUUGCAUUAAAGAACAUAAUUGGUUAAGGAAAACUGUGAUAAAUAAAAAAGUAUAUCAGUUUCACUUAAGGACCAAAGGAUUGACAGCCGUCCCAUAUAGAUUGCAAAAUAGUUGGGAAGAGAUCUUUGACGUACCGAUCCCAUGGCAUAGUGUUUAUGAACUGACACGCAAAACGACACCGGAUUCAAAAAUUAGAAUCUUUCAAUUUAAAUUAUUAUAUAAAAUUCUUGCUACCAAUAGAAUGUUAUUUAUAUGGGGGAUACAAUCUUCCCAGCUCUGCAGAUUUUGCUGUGAAGAGAUAGAAUCAUUAGAUCAUUUGUUUUGGUUCUGUCCAUUUGUAGCUUGUUUUUGGACACAGGUCCAGGAAUGGCUAAAGGAUUGCAAUAUUUACCUGGAACUAACCUUGCAGAUAGCAUUACUGGGUGAUCUGAAAAGUCAUAGUCAAUCAAUCAAUAAUAUAAUAAUACUUUUAGCAAAAAUGUUUAUUUUUAAUUCACAAUCUGUAGAAGCAAUGAGAAUAGAAAGGUUCAGAACUUUUGUAAAACAUCACAGUACGGUUGAAAUAUAUAUGGCAAAUAGAAAUCCUAUAUGGAUGGUGUUAAGAGAUAGAUGGGAGGUAUUGAAUAGAGUUGAAGGAUGGGACUAAUAACAAAUAACAACAAAUAAUAACAAAGAUAGCUAAUAAUGUAAGCAUACUGUGUCCAUAAUAAGUAUAUAGGUUGUAUGUUGGGAGCUUUUGGGAAAGAGCACAGUUAGAAAGAUAUGGCAUUUAGAAGCAAACCGGAUGGACAUCAUGAAAAUGAUCGGAGAGGUUGAGAGUAGAAGAGGUUCAGGAGCAAAAAAAUAAAUAAAUAUAUAUAUAUAGAAUUAUUGUAAAAUUAACUCUGUCCAUAAGGUGUAGAUAGUAAGUAUAGACCGGAAGUAGAGGCCUGGGCGUUGUUGUUCACUAAUUUACUCCAAGUAGGGAAAGGAUGGUGGGGUUGAAAAGUAAUAAAGGGGAAUAUAUAUAUAAAAAAUAAAAAUAAACAUGGGGGAUUGGAAGUGAUGCAGACAAUUACAUUGAUAGAAGAUACAAUCUAUCUGCAAUAUUAAGCUGAUCCAUCCCCCCAAAAAAUAAAAAAUAAAAAAAUAAAAUAAAAAUAACUUACAGAAGGCAGAAAAAUUUCUCCCAAACCAAAUAUAAGUGUUGAUAUUAGUUGGCAGGGGUCUUUACUUCAACAUGAUUGUGUUUUGAUGUAUUUAUAAUACCUUUUAAGACUUUUUCUGGUAGAUGUUUUCUAAGAGCCCUUUUCCAUCUGUUUGACCAUAAUUCAAAGCCUUUGCUUAUUCCAAAUUGUUGAACGGAAAAUUGUUGGAAAAUGUAUAUAUGCCUUAAUAUCUUAAAAAUAUAGACUUAGCUUUCAUUUGACACCCAAUUUGACAUGAUCCUAUAAACUUUUAACAUGUUGGUGUUCAACGUCAACGUCUAUACCACGUUGGUUUAACGUAAUUUCAUUGAAAUUACAACGUUCAUUUAACCUGUGUGUGCUCAGUGGGGACCCUCUGCUUUCCAUGAGUUUUUCCUUGGUGUUGGUAUUUAACACUAUACUAUUCACACCAUUUGUUGGUCACCAGAUCGUUUUUAGUCAUUAUUUACUUAAAUCAUUUAUAAUUUAAUCUCUUGAUACCUCCCAUUAGAAUAUCCCCCUGAGUGCAUGACAGUAAUACUAGGCCUUAUAUUCAUCAGAAGCCCAGUAGAGGGAGCUACAAUAUCCCUAUAACCCAUUACAACUAACACCAUAACUUUCCAGGUAUUAGAAAAUGUGUAAUUUGCUCAGCUGAAAUAUGAGGAUUCAAUUCUUCCUUUCCAGUUUCUUUCUAUAUCUUCCUUCCCUCCACUGUUUCCCAAUAUCCCACUAUACUACUUUCUCUGUUCCUUGCCAACUGUUGCUGUCUGUAUCUCUCCACUAGGACUGCCCCUGUGCAGCAGGUUAUAAAUAAGAAUCCAAGGAGUGCAUCCCAGCAGCAGCAAGACAUUCAGCCGUUGUGUUGUUUAAGCAGCUGCACACUGUCAGUCCAAUCGUUCUAUUAGAGAAGGAGGAGAACAGCUAGGGGGGAGCUGGGGUGGAAAGGAGGAGGAGUGGAGGGGGUGGAGGGGCCGGGGUGAGUCAGGGAGUAGACUUGUCCCUGGCAGCCUCCAGGGAGAGUAUGCUGGGAGAGCCAGACUGUGAGUGUGUGAGGGGAAGAGACCACCAGUAGGCUUGGCAGUCUAUAUGAUCCAUGAAAAGGGUCAUAUUAGAUUUAGUUGCAGGGUACGAGGUGGGUUGGGGUCAAAGUGACGGCUUAUUAUCAACAGACUCUCCAGUUAAAAUGAGAUUGGCUUGUCUAUGGGUGAGUAAUAGUAGAGAGGGCAUCUUUAGAGAUACUUUAGGACAUGUAUGAGUCUAACACAAGGUUCCAUGUGAAUUAGCCUGAAGGACAGGCAGUGAUGACUCAAGGUUACCCUGAGGAGAAUUGUCCUCUAAUGCAACAUGGAGUCUUCAUCCAUCAGUAACCCUUGCUUAGAUAAAGGGACGUUAUAUUAGGCAUUUCAGCUGGAUAUUUUGAGUGAAAUUUGCCUAAUGUCUCCCUUUCCCUCAGUACUGACCACGUCUAAACUUUCUUGUAACUCACUAUCGUUAGAUUCCUACCCAUCAGUUUUGUCAUUUAUUGUCAUCUAGAGUUCUGUUGUGGUCUCUGAGGGUUUUUUCCCGUUGGUUUACUCUUGAUGCCUCAAGUACCAACCGUCUGGAUACAGCAGGCCGUGACAGUCUAGCAAACAUUUCUCAUCAAGUGGCUGAACUCUCUAUGUCGUUCAAGACUAGACUACAGGUCAGGUAAAAAAAAGAAAAGAAAGUUAAUGCACAGCUAUGCGAGAACUUAAAAAAGGGAUGCAGCUGCUUUUAAGGCCAGACCGCUUGAAACUAAUCAAACAGGAGGGUGAUUUACGAUGACAGGGUCACGGUUCAGCCUAGGAUGCCGGGUCAGAGGCUCACACAGCCUGUUAGAUGACUGCUAAAAUAGACCUCUCCCACUGAGUCUAUUUUUCUCACUCAUCAUAUCUGUCAUAGUGAAACAAGUGUUAAUUUUAAAGUACUUUGAGUUUCCUUAUUAGGCCUCUAUUGUAAUUAUUUUGCCACUGAUUGCUUAUUCAAGGCAUUUUGUCUCGUAUGUUAACAGCUUUAUAGAAUGUUAAUGAGGUGUUAGUUGCUUUAGAUAAGUGUUUGGUUCUUACAUGCCAUACGUUCAAUGGAUUUUCAAGUCAAAAAUAGUGAGGAGGUGCGAGGUCAGUUUGUUUCCAUAGGACCAGCAUUAACAACACUGUGACUGUAAACAGUCUAUUCCACAGCCACUGAAGCUACUGUUGCAGAGACCUGCAGACUACUGACAGUGUUAUUUUUGUGGACUGUCUGUGACUGUUGACUCUACUUUUGCGUCACAGUGGAACUGUGGUCACCCGUGGGCUAUCAGGUCAAUGAUUCAAGGUCAACCAAGCCUUGGCCAACUAAUGCAUAAAGCCAGGGACAACUUCCCAGAGAUGUGGCAUGACAUUUUUCGUGUUGCCCAGGGGCCUAGCAGAGGAUGAUGUAGGGAGAGAGUUGAACGAGGACAGAGGACCGUGCAGCAGUGUACGUUUUCCUCCCCACUUCCCCAGGGUUAUGUGUUACAGUCAGAGCAAUGCACUGCCCUCCAGUAUGAGCAACCAAGCAAAGAAGGCCAAGGGAAAGUGACUAACAGGUGCUUAUUACACACGUAUUACAGACAACAGGAAAGCCUUGUAGUUAGGACACAUUGGCUGGUGACCGUCACAAGGUUGCUAGGUGAAAUGCAAACAUAUGGGAGUAUAAAACCUUUCAUCUCAUGCUCAUCCUCACCAUAGAUUAGGAUGCUCCUCUAUGAGGGUCAGUUGACUUCAUUGCCCCUUGGCCAGUCUGUGGGUUGUUUGAUGGGAUAAUGGAGAAUUACUAUAUGCUUCGUCUCAAGUGCCUGCAAGUACUCAGGCAGGAAAUUUAUUUAAUAACGGCUCAUUUCAUUUUUGUGGAAGAAUGGUUUAGCAGGCCCUGGUAAACACUUACAUGUUGUCCACAAGGGAGAAGCUGAAUCCUUUAUUGAGUUGAGACGUUAUCGUAUGAUAAGUCCUGUGGAAUGAACCUGCAAACUGGGAAGCAUGUAGAUAUAUCCAUCUCUUACAUAUAUCGUAACCACAUACACACACAUACUUGUAAGCUGUGUAGAGGAAUGUGCUGGUGGGGUCCUCUCUCCGAUGGACAGGGUCAGUAUGAGCCUUAGCUCUCCCCUCCCAGGUUUGCUUACUCAGCCAUAAUAAACAGAUAUACUUUACACUUCUUUAAGAACAGUUACUCUCAGUGGCUCUGCGUUAUAAGGCUUGUCAUCACACAACCCUGUCUGUUUGAAAAGCUCCACCCAUCAGAUCACAUUUAGGGCAAGGAAAUGACCUGAUAUGUCUCCUUUUCUCUUUUCUCUCCUCUCUUCUCUCUUCUUCUUUUCUCUACUCUCCUCUCCUCUCUUCUCUCUUCUCUUCCCUAGUGUGGUUUCCUGUCUGGGGUUUAGGUACAUAUUGUGACCGACUGUGUAACGGAUUGGCCCGAUAACGUGCCUGGUAGUCUAAACAAGAUCUAUCCACACAACAAACAUUCCAAUUUAAGGCAGGGGAAAAUGGUCCAGUCAAUGCACACUAAGAAGGGGCAAAGGGAGGGAGCGUCUGUCAGACUGUAGUUUUAGAUGGUUAUCUAGUUCAUAUGUUUCUUCAAAGGACUACUAUUUAUCUCUCAACACACUGAAAUUAAGUACAGGAUGUCUGGGCAUAAAUUUGAGAUAUCUGUCUGUGUGUGCUCUGCAAAUGGAGAUAUCUAAUAGCUGGUCCAUGGGAGAGUGUGUUUGCACACAGAUCUUUAUACCGCGAUAGUAGGGUAGCUGUGAGGGCAACAGUGACUGUCCAAGUCCACAUACUGUAGAUGCCAUGUAUCAUUUUGGUCUCAGUUUGGUCUUUGCAAGUGCUCGUCACUAGUAAGGAUCCCCAGUCCGUUGGCAGUGGAUCAAUUACAGCAAAGUUCCUCAGUGGCGUAACUCUUUCACUCUUAAACGUCUCAGAGGCUAUCAGACAUUGUCUUUCACUCUAUCUUAGUGAUGAAAAUAGAAUAGUUUCUAUUGGUGUCUCUCACAGCUGUGAUAGGAAAUCCUGUUCAGAUAUUGUCCAUUAGUUAAUGUGCCAGGUCUGGAGGGAAGCAAAAGUAAUGAGGAUAAUAGCGGACGAUAUUGCCACUCUUAUUUGCCAUGUCUUCAAUUUAGCCUACUAGAAAAUGUGUGCCCUCAGGCUGGAAGGGAAGCAAAAGUUAUUCCCCUACCUAAGAAUAGUAAAGCCCCCUUUACUGGCUCAAAUAGCCGACCAAUCAGCCUGUUACUGUCACGUUCGUUGAAUGACGGGUCAGACCAAGGCGCAGCGUGAUAUACGUACAUGUUUAUUAACUUAUAAACACACGACAAAACAACAACCGAAACGAAACGUGAAGUCCAAGGUAGAACACACAACAUACCUUACACGGAACACAACAAGAUCCCACAACACAGGCAGGAAAACUGGCUGCCUAAGUAUGAUCCCCAAUCAGAGACAACGAGCGACAGCUGCCUAUGAUUGGGAACCACACCCGGCCAAACAUAGAAAUACAAACCUAGAAUUUUCACACCCUGACCAAACUAGCUAGAGUUCUAUAGGCCAGGGCGUGACAGUACCCCCCCCACCCCCCCCCCCCCCCCCCAAAGUUGCGGACUCCGGCCGCACAAACCUGACUGAAUAGGGGAGGGUCCGGGUGGGCUUCCAGCCUCGGUGGCGGCUCCGGCUCCGGAGUGGAGCCGCUGACCGGAGCUGGCUUGGGCACCGGUGGGGCGGACUGCUCUGGCUCCGGAGUGGAGCUGCUGACCGGAGCUGGACUGGGCACCGGUGGAGCAGACCGCUCUGGCUCCGGAGUGGAGCAACCGACCGGAGCUGGAUCAGGCACCGGUGGAGCGGACUGCUCUGGCUCCAGAGUGGAGCCGCUGACCGGAGCUGGAUCAGGCACCGGUGGAGCGGACUGCUCUGGCUCCGGAGUGGAGCCGCUGACCGGUGCCGGACCAGGCACCGGUGGAACGGGCACGGGCCGUGCCGGACUGGCGACGUGCACCACUGGCUUGGUGCGAGGAGUAGGAACAGGCCGGGCCGGACUGGCGACGCGCACCACUGGCUUGGUGCGAGGAGCAGGAACAUGCCGGGCUGGACUGGCGACGCGCACCACUGGCUUGGUGCGAGGAGCAGGAACAGGCCGGGCCGGACUGGGAACACGCACCACUGGCUUGGUGCAAGGAGCAGGAACAGGCCGGGCCGGACUGGGAACACGCAACACUGGCUUGGUGCGGGGAGCAGGUACGGGGCGUACCGGACUGGGAACCGGCGCUGGAGGUCUAUGACUGUCUCCGUCCUUUACACUCCGCGCCCCGUCCUCCUCCUGUGAGGACUCCUCCUUGAGCCCCCACGAGUGCAGUGGUCGGGGCUCCUCUCUGUCGCUCCCCGACCACCCUUUUAGCCCCCCCAAAAAAAAUUCUUGGGGCUGUCUCUCCUUCUCCACCCUGAUCCCUUUCAGGGCCUCCAUCUGCCUUGCCAGAUCCUCUCUUAUCUCCCGCCAAGUCCAUACUCUCUGCUCCUCCUGGGCACGCUGCUUGGUCCAUUGGUGGUGGGUGGGAUCUUCUGUCACGUUUGUUGAAUGACGGGUCAGACCAAGGCGCAGCGUGAUAUACGUACAUGUUUAUUAACUUAUAAACACACGACAAAACAACAACCGAAACGUGAAGUCCAAGGUAGAACACACAACAUACCUUACACGGAAACAACAAGAUCCCACAACACAGGCAGGAAAACUGGCUGCCUAAGUAUGAUCCCCAAUCAGAGACAACGAGCGACAGCUGCCUCUGAUUGGGAACCACACCCGGCCAAACAUAGAAAUACAAACCUAGAAUAUUCACACCCUGACCAAACUAGCUGGAGUUCUAUAGGCCAGGGCGUGACAGUUACCAACCCUUAGUAAACAUUUGGAAAAAAAUGUUUGUUGACCAGAUACAAUGCUAUUUUACAGUAAACAAAUUGACAACAGACUUUCAGCACGCUUAUAGGGAAGGACAUUCAACAAGCACAGCACUUACACAAAUGACUGAUGAUUGGCUGAGAGAAAUUGAUGAUGAAAAGAUUGUGGGGGCAGUUUUUGACAUUAUCGAUCAUAGUCUGCAGCUGGAAAAACGUAUGUGUUUUGGCUUUACACCCCCUGCUAUAUUGUGGAUAAAGAGUUACCUGUCUAACAGAACACAGAGGGUGUUCUUUAAUGGAAGCCUCUCCAACAUAAUCCAGGUAGAAUCAGAAAUUCCCCUGGGCAGCUGUCUAGGCGCCUUACUUUAUUCAAUCUUUACUAACAACAUGCCACUUGCUUUGAGUAAAGCCAGUAUGUCUAUGUAUGCGAAUGACUCAACACUAUACACGUCAGCAAAGAGCUGCAGUUAGUUUCAGAAUGGGUGGCAAGGAAUAAAUUAGUCCUAAAUAUUUCAAAAACUAAAAGCAUUGUAUUUGGGCCAAAUCAUUCACUAAACCCUAAACCUCAACUAAAUCUUGUAAUGAAUAAUGUGGAAAUUGAGCAAGUUGAGGAGACUAAACUGCUUGGAGCAACCCUGGAUUGUAAUCUGUCAUGGUCAAAACAUGUUGAUACAACAGUAGCAAAAAUGGGGAGUAGUCUGUCCAUAAUAAAGCGCUGCUCUGCUUGUCAACAAGGCAGGUCCUACAGGCCCUAAUUCUGUCGCACCUGGACUACUGUUCAGUCGUGUGGUCAGGUGCCACAAAGACGGACUUAGGAAAAUUGCAAUUGGCUCAGAACAGGGCAGCGCGGCUGGCCAUUAAAUGUACACGGAGAGCUAACAUUAAUGAUAUGCAUGUCAGUCUCUCAUGGCUCAAAGUGGAAGAGAGAUUGACUUCAUCACUACUUGUUUUUGUUAUAGGGGUUGACAAGCUGAAUGCACCGAGCAGUCUGUUUAAACUACUAGCACACAGCUCGGACACUCCCACAAGACAUGCCCCUGUAGGUCCCCUGUAGCUCAGUUGGUAGAGCAUGGCGCUUGCAACGCCAGGGUUGUGGGUUCGUUUCCCACGGGGGGCCAGUAUGAAAAUGUAUGCACUCACUAACUGUAAGUCGCUCUGGAUAAGAGCGUCUGCUAAAUUAUAAAAAAUGUAAUGCCACCAGAGGUCUCUUUACAAUCCCUAAGUCCAGAACAGAGUAUGGGAGGUGCACAGUACUACAUAGAGCCAUGACUACAUGGAACUCUAUUCCACGUCAGGUAACUGAUGCAAGCAGUAUAAUCAGAUAAAAAAUACACCUUAUGGAACAGCGGGGGCUGUGAAGAGACACACACACAGGUACAGACACACGCAUACGCACACACACGCUAGCACAAACACUCUACAUACAUGUACACUGUAAUAUUGUUGUAUAGUGGUAUCAUACAUUUUAUGUGGUGGUGUGACAGUGUUAUAUGAUGUACUGUUUUAUCUUUUGUUUUAUGUGUAAUAUAAGUGUCUUAAUGUGUUUGGACCCCAGGAAGAGUAGCUGAUGCCUUGGCAGCAGCUAAUGGGGUUCCCUAAUAAAAUACAAAUACAAAUGUGAGGUCAAGGUAGCUGGUGAGAAUGGAAUUACCAAUAUUGAAGAAACCACAGCUAGUCCUCCUGAAUGAAAUCCUCUGUAUCUAUAUCCACCAUCUUCACAUUCUCUCUGCUCACAGUGCCAUAAUAACAAGGAGAUUUAGUUAAUAAGGAAUGGAAAAGUGGGAAAGGUGCGUGUGUGAGAGAGAGGAGGAGAGAGAGAGAGAGAGAGUAGGGAGGGGGGGGAGAGAGGAGAGACGAGAGAGGGAGAGCGAGAGAGAUAGAGAGAGACGACGAGCGGGAGAGGGAUAGAAGAGAGAGCGAGUGAGGGGAUGGCGGGAGAGAUCCUCUUCUAGGUGGAGAUAGGGAGGGCGGCGAAGAGCGAGACGGAGCGAUUUGAGUGCGCUAGGAUGCGAGGGCGAGAGCGAAGAAGGAGAGCAAGAGCUCGAUGGAGGGUGGGGCGAGAGUUACUCUGCUCUCUCUCUACGCUCUACUCUCUCUCUCUCUCUCUCUUCGCUCUCUCUCUCUCCUCGCUCAUUCUCGCUCUCUCGUUCUCUCUCUGCCUCGCGCUUUAUGCUUGCUCUCGUGCUCGCGGGUUAGAUAAGCUCGAGAGUUCUCUGGCGCGCUCGAGAUAGAGACGAGCAGAGAAGAGGGAGGGAGAGAUGAGACGGAAGUUAAGAGUAACCCCAAAGAAAAGUAAGAAAGAAUCUUGUGGGGAUUUCCUUCUGAGAGGGAAAGCUUCUCCCCUCCCCUCUAACUCCCUCUCUCUCUUUCUCUCUUUCUCUCUCUCUCCCUCGCUCUUACAUACUUUCUCUCAUGAGCUGCAUGUGUCAUGCUGCCCCCUCUCAAACUGUGGGCAGACAAACAUAGCACCAGGAGAGAGAAAGCAGACCGGGAGAGCUAUUAGCAGCAGCAGAAGAACACCCGAGAGCUCCAAGAUUUUUUAAACAAUAUUAUUUUAUUCAAGUUUACCUGUUGCUAAAAGUAUAGUCCUCCUCACUAAGAAAUGAGAGACAACGUGGAUAGAAUGGAGAAUACUGUGGUCAGUUUGUCACCUUGUGAGACCCGCCUGUCUAAGGAUUAUUCUCCUGACUGGACUCUGUACAUCCCUGCUUAACUGGAUAACCAACACACUGUAGGAAACAUGGUACUGUAACUGCUGCUCAACAUGGCUUAAUUUGACUGUAUUUCAUUCCAUUUCAUAUGUGUGUAUUUGUAUUUUCAGUAUUUGCUUUUUUUUAUAUGAUUUUCAUCAUUUUGGAAAUCAUUUAAAAAAUAUAUAUUAUAAAUGUACAUGUUUCAAAUGUCUAAAUUGGCCCCAUAAUCUCUGUCAUUACAAACACACAUGUAGGGCUUCCUGUUUGCACACAUGGCUAGCUACACAGCAAAAUGCUUUGACUCAAGGUGAGGGUUUCAGGUUACUGUGCAUUCACAAUUUCCCAGUGAUUUCACAAAACACCCACUGAAUCUGAGUCCAGCACAUAGAACUGCACAAAGUAUCCCUUUGUGAAAAAAUAACUGAAUGAAUGUUUUGCUGUUUCAAGUGCUACUCAGGCUCUGGAGAGGGGAUGGCUAUAUGUUUAUAUUCUUUAUAGCUCAGGAUGAGAGUACAUUGGAGAGGUAGACUUAGGAACUGAAGUGACCAUCAUACCGGUGUGUUUCCAUUGAAUCACAACCUGAAAACAAUAGUUAUUUAUUUAGCAGUAUAAAUGGAUGUACUGUCUUGCCUGGUUACCUCAGUAAGCUCUUAAACAUUGAGGUCACUCAUGAAACACCAUAAAAUUCAGGCUCGCUGUGUACUUGUUAUCUCUGUGAUCAUGCGAGGGAGGGAAAACUGCCAGUUUGAAUAACACUAUGUUCAGCUGUGACAUAAUUACAGGUAGGAGGAUGAGUAAAGAUGAUGAAACUGAUCCCCCACUUUAAAUGAAAUGUUUUUAAGCUCACUACUACUGCCAUACUACUGGUCUGCCACCAACUUCAAGCCAUUCUGCUGAUCAAGGCAUCAUAAUUAGUAUUUGCACACAAUAAAUGCCACAUUUGCAGAGCUUGUGAAACAACUAAAUAUAACGUCUGCUUCUCAGUGGCUCAGUGAUGGUUGACAGUAGAUCCACACAGAUUAGGCCUGUGUUUAUUUUCUCUCACUGUAAUUUGGCAUGUUCUCAUGGAGGGCGUUAGCACAUUCUGAUCUGAGGUGGUGAACCAAGAUGUUGAGAUAUUCUCUCAGAGUAAUCUACUGGUAUGUAAUUGAAUGCCUGUCUGUAAAUUAUGCUGUGUAAUGCAGGAUAUUUGCCCUGAGCAGUUUGUGGGCCCCUGGCCCAUUUACUUCAGGGAACAUGUAUCAUGACUUUGUUCAGGUGUUAUCAAGGAGAGGUUAUCUUUAAAUUCUGCUCUCUGUUGAAUUACACUGAGUAUACCAAACAUUAGGAACACCUUCCUAAAAUUGAGUUGCACCCCCACCCCCUUUUGCCCUCCGAACAGCCUCAGUCAGGGCAAGGAUUCUACAAGGUGUCGAAAGCGUUCCACAGGGAUGCUGGCCAAUGUUGACGCCAAUGCUUCCCACAGUUGUGUCAAGUUGGCUGGAUGUCCUUUGGGUGGUGGACCAUUCUUGAUACACACAGGAAACUGUUGAGCAGGAAAAACGCAGCAGCGUUGCAGUUCAUGAUACAAACUGGUGCCCCUGGCACCUAAUACCAUGCCCUGUUCAAAGGCACUUAAAUGUUUUGUCUUGCCCAUUCACCCUCCGAAUGUUACACACACACAAUCCAUGUCUCAAUGGUCUCAAGGCUUAAAAAUCCAUCUUUAACCUGUCUCCUCCCCUUCAUCUACACUGAUUGAAGUGGAUUUAACAAGUGACAUCAAUAAGGAAUUAUAGCUUUCACCUGGAUUUACCUGUUAAGUCUAUGUCAUGGAAAGAUCAGGUGUUCUUAAUGUUUUGUAUACUCAGUGUAUAUAGCUUGCUUAUCAGUUUAGUUCCAUGAUUAUGGGCACAAGCACAGUUUUUAAGGAGCCAAUGUCAAAGCAGACAUUUACGGACAUUUACCUGGACAGUUUCAUUAGCGUGUAAAUGUGCAGCAGUCAGUCAGCUACACUCAGGGUAACCAUUUAUAGAACCCAAAAGACCCUAAACCUAGACAGAUCCUGAUUAAGUAUCUGUAGUGAUUCGACAGUGAGACCCUUCUGUUAACUGGCCUGUAAAUUAAAACAAUGUUACAGGGACAUUGAUUUAUUUAGAUCACAGAUAUGAAUCUCAUUUCUGCAACACCACACCAGUACAUUUACAGUUAUUAGUCUAAAUCUGGGCACAAGCCCAAACACCACAGCUGAUUGAGGUUACAAAGGAGGAAACUUGCUGGGUUUCUCUUCACAGUUGGCUGUGUUAGUUUGCAUUAUUUGCCAUCUCUGUAAGACUAAAUGCUCACCACCACCGGGACUGUAUAAUGACCAGGACUGGACUUUUCUUAAUUACUCACAUAUUUUAUUGAAGGAGUUGCCUUCUAAAUACAACUACACUGUUAGAAAAAAGGGUUCCAAAAUGGUUAUUCGGCUGUCCUCAUAGGAGAACCCUUCACACUGGGCACAGAUGUCAAUUCAACGUCUAUUCCAUGUUGGUUCAACAUAAUUUCAUUGAAAUGACGUGGACACAACGUUGAUUCAACCAUUGUGUGCUCAGUGGGUUUUUGGUUCCAGGUAGAACCCUUUUUGGUUCCAGGUACAACUCUUUUGGGUUCCAUGUAGAACCCUCUGUGGAAAAUGUAUGAAAAUGUAUGCAUUCACUAACUGUAAGUCGCUCUGGAUAAGAGCGUCUGCUAAAUGACUAAAAUGUAUAUCUAAAAUGAAAGGGUUUUACAUGGAACCCAAAAGGGUUCUACCUGGAACCAAAAUGGUUCUACCUGGAACCAAAAAGGGUUCUUCAAAGGGUUAUCCUAUGGGGACCGCCAAAUAACAUUUUUUUGGUUCUAGAUAGCACCUUUUCUUCUAAGAGUGUAAUGUGGCUUUAUGUUGAAAUCUCAUCCUUUGGAUGCAUGGUAGCGACUUCUUAGCUUCUCAACUGAACAGACUCAUAGCAUCUUGGUUGGUUACUGACAGGCAGCUCAUAUCAACUAAACAAUACACACUUUUGUCCUAAUCUCCAUUUUGGGGCAUUCCUAAAAAGUCAGUAUGUGUUUGUUGUUUAGUGGUUGCCAUAGCAAGAUAUUAUUAAGGCUAACCAAACAGUCACACAGAACUAACCCACCUAAUAAAAUGUUGAAUAGAAUCAUGUGAAUAAUGUACCAGGAUGUAGGAUACCAAAGAUACACAGGGUUGGAUGCUAUAGCAACCCUCUAUUGGUCCAGCUGCAAAAGGAUGUCCAGUUCACCAUUAAUUUGGGGUAUUUGUGAUCUCUUAGAUUCUUACUGUAAUAGACUAGUUUGGUAAACUGUGCCUGCCUGUCCUGGAGGACCACUGAGAAUGAUGUGUGGUGUCUGUACAGUCAUCCUGGGGGUGGCUCACGGGACAGUGUUAUCUCCUGAUGACCAACAGAAAGCUGCCCCUCAGACAUCACAAAGACAGUCUGGUCUAGGAGAGUCCAGACAUUAUCUCCACCCAAUUUGUUGAACUUUUUUUUUUAAUGACGUAAACACAGGAAAUUGAGCUUUUGCCUAUUUUAAGUUAAAUUGGUGUCAGAAAUUGCUCAGAUGCUCUGCCAAAUAGCAUGAUCCAUGGACGUAUUACAGAGACAUUUUGUAUACAAGAUAAUUCAUACUGAAAUACUUUAGGAUACUUAAAAGGCGUCUUGGCCACCGGCUUAGAAGGAGUUGUUUGGGUUAGCUGUUUAAUGAAGAGAAAUGUUCAACUCUGAAAUAUCAGAAUGUACUCUACCUCCACUGGGAUAUCCUAAUGCAAUAAACUGCAAUCUGAAACAAGCCAUUUAUUUUAGAGACUGAGUGUGGGAUGUGUAUUUAUUUAGUGCCCAGUGUUAGACCUCCUUCAGCAGAAUGUCAGCACUCAGCAGUAGACCGUUAGGCAGGCUUGCUGUUUACACCCUCAGGGUGCUCUCGUUGCUCAGACAUAACAGUAACCAUGAGUCAUGGCAGUGCUUGCUCUGCUAUUGCCACUUUCCCACAUUGCAGACCCUCGGCUGCUCUUUCAUUUCAAACCACCAAUGAAUGACCUGUCAUCCUUUCCUUAGGGCUUGUUUUCAAGCCUUGAUAAGUAACCUGCCCUGCAGUGCUAUUCUAUGUGUGGAGAUCAAGACUCAUUCAACCAUAGUAUGACAUAACACAAGGGCUUUACUCAGAGGCCCGUACAGAUGUUGGAAAAGUGUUUUCAGGUCACAGGCAUGUUCUAAUGGGUCAGCCCCAGACCUGAUUUUCUAUUGACCCAACAUAACAUCAGGCCCUACCCUGCAUCACAUACCAUAGAUUCAUACUAUGAAGAACAAAACACAUCUUUCAUAGAAACUCCCUGGACCAUGAAGCAGGUGUUUCUAUCUCCUUCAGGGGCAGCAGAGUUUGACAAUGAUCCAACAUUCAUAAGAUGAAAAUCCCAAGUGUUUCCCAGCUACAGUAAUCAUCAAUUGUAAAUAAUCAUGAGCCCACCACUGUUGGCUCAUUGACGUGUACCCAAAGGGUGUGGCAGAAUUCUGACUGAUCUGCUCCGGGUACAUUUACUAGAGCUGUGGGGGCUCAGAGGGUGUCAAGUGUUACCACCGGAUACAGGGGACCCCAGUCCAGUGUGAUAUCCCACCUCCUCUACACUUGGCUCUGGAACGGUCUGAGGCUCUGAGCUGUGGCCCAGUCAUGCGAGAGGUGUAAUGACCGUUGUCUUUGGAAAGAUCAAGAGGGAGUGUCGUUUUGUAUGCAGAACUGGUCCUUAGCCUUUCCAUAGAUUUGGGAGGGGGUUUUAGAGGAGGUCUAGUCUCUUGUGUCAGACUUAGGGUUGCAAAGCUAAUGGUACUUUACCAAAGUUACUGGAAAAUCUUCAGUAAUUUGGGUAGUUAACAGAAAAUAUAUGGCAAUCUAUCAUAACUUUGGUAGUUUACACUAAUAUAUAAGGUAGUAUACAUUUUUUAAACAUGUGUCCAUAUUGUUCAUGAGUUUCUAGUAGAUAGACCUUAUGGUUCAAGAGUAAAUAGCAUAAUUCAUGAAAAAAGCAUCUAAUCAACAAUGACAAUUUUUUCAAUUAACUCUGCAUCUCUUCCAACUAUUGCAUUUUUUCACAACUGUCACCAGUUUGAUGUCAAAACAUUUACAACAAAUACAUACUGACAUAGUAAAAUAAAUAAAAGUGUGUAGAAAAAAUAUAUAAUGAGUAUUUCAUGCUAAACCCCUCAUAUUAAACACCAAUGGUAUUCACUAAGUUGAUAUUUAGGAUAAUGUUUUACAGCUUUGUCAAUUUAUUUUUUUAAAUCAUCGUAUUUAGUUAUUUCAUAUAUUUUACAUGUGAUGAAGCCACACAGAGAGCCAGAGAUAAUUACAGACACCUGUUAUAAUCUGAAGUACCCAAAAGAGCCACUAGAUGUUUUGUGAUAGAUAACAUGAAAUCCUUGAAAGAUAUCAAAAUGUGGGUAGUUUACUGGUCAACUUUGAAGGUUUCCAGUAAUAUAACCUCCCUUCGCAACCCUAGUCACUGUUACAUAAAAGUAUACAAAUCGAGCAGUCAGAGUGCAGAUUGGGUUACUGGGUGCAGAGAUUGGUGAAAGGUUUUUCUCCUGACCACCAUAGACUAACAGAUGGAGUUCUAAUUAAGAGCUGGACAGGAAGUAGUCUAGUUAGCCAGAUGAGGUCUGAGGGGAUCGGUCUGGUCACAUCCUGAUACGCCCAGACUCUCCCUCCACCUCCACACCACAGCUGGGAUACAUUGACUUCUGUGGAGUGAUCAGUGGAAUGAUCACAGUGGUAUUUCUCUAAUCAAAACAAACUCUUCAAGCACUGUGAGAAACUGAACAGAGAUGCAAGUAGGCAACAUAUUUUCCCAUUGAGGAAACAGACGUAGCCUAUUGUUGAUAAAAAUCAACCCAUCAUUAAAUGUUGCAUAUUUAUUGAAAUGCCUACUCUUUGUUGAAAUAUAAUUGAAGCAAGAGGGUGGUGUCUAGUAACAUUUGCCAGUCAUUAUAUCCCUGCAAUUAUAUUGAAAUCAGUCUAUGUAACUUGGUAAGGCAUUGUAACCACAUUGUACCAGAGACCAUAGAACAAUGUUUUCUCCUACAGAGGCUCUCAAUUGAGAUGAGAAACACGCACAUGUACAUUUACCUCCCACAGCCGACGCAUGGCCUUCACAAAGCUAAAUUAAGCAGGGCCUAAAAGUGGGUGAUGGGCCACCACGGAGGAGGUCAGAGAGAAUGUGAAACCAUAAACCAGGCCUCUUCUCUAGCAGAGACCCCCAGUCUGUUUAUGGAUAAUUGGUUUCUGCCUAUAUGAUGCUUAUGCUGCUCAAAUGUCUCACAUGAUAUUGUAGCCACCCUGACAUCCACAGCAACUUUGCCCUCGUGUUGUAAACAUCUGUCUCUGCUGAAUGGUUAUUGGAUUGUUCUGUAUGAAGGAAGAAGAAAAAAGGUGAGGUCUGAGAUCUUAUUGGAAAAAUACUGAAGGAUGCCAGGAUCAAAGGAUAGCAGACAAUGGCGACUGUGUGUUUUAUGACCUUAUAGGCGUCACUAAAGCGUUUGUGAAGGGAUGCAGUGCUGCUUUUAGAUUUUCAAAUCAGCGAUAUAUGAUACCGUAGCCAUCAGAAAGUAUUCACACCCCUUGACAUAUUCCACAUUUUGUUGUGUUACAGCUUGAAUUUAAAAUGGAUUAAAUUGAGAUUUUUUUUGUCACUGGCAAUACCCCAUAAUGUCAAAGUGGAAUUAUGUUUUUACACAUUUUUACCAAAAAAAAGAAAAAAAAGAACUGAAAUGUCUUGAGUCAAUAAGUGUUCAAACCCUUUGUUAUGGCAAGCCUAAAUAAGUUCAGGAGUAAAAAUGUGCUUGACAAGUCACAUAAUAAAUUGCAUGGAUUCCCUCUGUGUGCAAUAAUAGUGUUUAACAUGAUUUUUGAAUUACUACCUCAUCUCUGUAUCCCACACAUACAAUUAUCUGUAAGGUCCCUCAGCCGAGUAGUGAAUUCCAAACACAGAUUCAACCACAAAGACCAGGGAGGUUUCCCAAUGCCUCUCAAAAGAGGGCACCUAUUAGUAGAUGGGUAAAAAAAUAAAAAACAGACAUUGAAUAUCCCUUUGAGCAUUGUGAAAUUAUUAAUUACACUUUGGAUGAUGUAUCAAUACAUCCAGUCACUACAAAGAUACAGGCGUCCUUCCUAACUCAGUUGCCAGAGAGGAAGGAAACCGCUCAGGGAUUUCACCAUGAGACCAAUGGUGACUUUAAAACAGUUACAGGGUUUAAUGGCUGUGAUAGGAGAAAACAACAUUGUAGUUACUCCACAAAACUAACCUAAUUGACAUAGUGAAAAUAAGGAAGCCUGUACAGAAUUUCAAUAUUCCAAAACAUGCAUCCUGUUUGCAACAAGGCACUGAAGUAAUACUGAAAAAAAUGUGGCAAAGCAAUUCACUUCUUGUCCAGAAUAUAAAGUGUUAUGUUUGGGGCAAAUCCAAUACAACACAUUACUGUGGACCACUCUCCAUAUUUUCAAGCAUAGUGGUGACUGCAUCAUGUUAUGGGUAAGCUUGUAAUCAUUAAGGACUGGGGAGUUUUCAGGAUAAAAAAGAAACGGAAUAGAGCUAAGCACAGGCAGAAUCCUAGAGGAAAACCUGGUUCAGUCUGCUUUCCACCAGACACUGGGAGAUUCAUUCACCUUUCAGCAUGACAAUAACCUAAAACACAAUGCCAAAUUGACACUGGAGUUGUUUACCAAGAAGACAGUGAAUGUUCCUGAGUGGCUGAGUUACAGUUUUGACUGAAAUCUACAUGGAAAUCUAUGGCAAGACCUGAAAAUGGUUAUCUAGCAAUGAUCUACAACCAAUUUGACAGAGCUUGAAGAAUUUUGAAAAUAAUAAUGGGCAAAUAUUUCACAAUCCAGGUGUGGAAAGCUCUUACAGACUUACCCAGAAAGACUCGCAGUUGUAAUCGCUGCCAAAGGUGUGUCUACAAAGUAUUGACUCAGGGGUGUGAAUACUUAUGUAAAUGAGAUAUAUCUGUAUUUCAAAAACAUUGCAAGAAUUUACGAAAACAUGUUUUCACUUUGUCAUUAUGGUGUAUUGUGUGUAAAUGGGUGAGAGAUAAAAAUCUAUUUAAUCCAUUUUGAAUUCAGUCUGUAACACAACAAAAUGUGGAAUAAGUCAAGGGCUAUGAAUACUUUCUGAAGGUACUGUAUGUGGGGAAAAAACUCCUGCCUGUAUCUAAUCUUUAUCUCUAGCUUUUCUUGGUCAUUUUCUUUGUUGUUGUUGAAUAUUUUAACUUUUGUUUGUGCUAACCUCAGGCCUGUCUCUUAUGUUAAUAGAACACUGAGUCUCUGGACAGGUCCAUCCAGAACACUCUCUCAGCCCUCUUUCCCCCCUUCGAGGCCACAGCCCCCACCGUCCUGAGCCAGCUCUUCCAGGUAAUAGAGGAACGUUACCGUGGAGACGCCCUCCAGUGUCUGCUGGACUUCCUCAUCCCAGCCAAACACAUCCUUGAGAGUGUUCAGCAGGCUGCCUGUGUGAGUCAACAGCAUCAGAGCUAUACUCAUCAACACAGAUGCACAGCUAAACAAAAAAAAGACAUAACAGUUCACCAUACACACCUACAGGCUCAAAUAAAGACCACCUAUACAAAACAAAGUUAGCUCAAUUACAAAGCUUGCAACUGCCUUCAACUCCUCUCUGUCUUGUACUGCUAAGUGUAAAGACAAAUUAAAUGGUAAAGAAAUGUCUGUCCUUUUCUCCCGUCAGGCCCAGUACUCUGAUGUGGUGUUCCGCUGUGAGGGCUGGCCUCUGUGUCUGCAUGAGAAGGUGGUGAUCCAGCUGGCCCCGAUCAACCCCCUAUUGCUGUGCCCAGGGGAUUUCUACUUGCAGGUGGCUCCCUUCUCUGAGCAGGCCGCCCGCAUCGUGGUCUGGAGCCUGCUGGAGGAGGGACAGGGUCAGGAGGUGGAGGUGGAGGAGACACCCAUCCCUGAGACCUCCUACCCCUGCAUCUUCACUGAGGACUGGCUAGGGGACCUCAACCAAGGACGCCAUGGUACUCCACUUAGCCACUGUAUCCUCUCCACAGACCAGGGCAUGGUGAAGGUGCCAUGGGCGCAGGUGACUCUUCCUGAGUUUGUGGAUAAACCCAGAACUAUGGCCUCAUCAUCUCUUCCCCUGGCUGCUGUUCAACAGGAGGUAGUGCCAGGGCCCGGGCCCUCAUUGGUGCUGCCUCACCCUGCCCCUGCGUACUCUGUGGAGACUAGGAUCUCUCCUGCUAAACAUGGCAUUGCUGUGUCGCUGCGUCUGGUGGACAGUAACUGCUCCAGGCUGGUUAAGGUGGAUCAGGAUGGGCCUGUGGCUAAGCCCAUAGGCUGGGUGUCUCCCAACACAUGGGACAGCCGCAGCAACAACACCUCUGAGGUUGAGGGGGAAUACGUAGACUUGGUGGAUUUCACUAAAGAGAAAGAAGCAUUGCUCCUUAGUGGGGCUCACAGUCACAAACACCCCAGAGCGCUCAUGUUUAGGCCUGUUCCACUUAACAGGCCUGGUGUUCCUCUGGCUCCAGCCCUGCCCCCGUCCUUGGCCCCAGCCCUGGCCCCCAACUGGCCCAUCAGGGAACCCUCACACUGCGGCCGGACCAUCCAGUCCUCCGAGGAGUCCCCCUGCACCCCUUGCAUGAGGAGGAGAAUGGGCCAGGUGUCCAAAGCACAGGAGCUCAGGUGCCGGUACAGGGAGUCUUACCAUUCAGCACUGCAGAAUCCUGUUACCUUUGAGAGAGACAAUAGACUGAAUACACUGGCAGUUCUGGAGGAGGCUAGUCCAUGUGAGGGGAGGCUGGAACCAGAGGGUAAAGAACUAUGUCCUGGUGUCUCCCAGCAGUGCUGCCAUCCAGACCCAGGACAUCAUGACCAGACUCCCCCUGGAGAAAGCAACACUAUAUCCAGUGGAAUUCUACAAGGCCUGAGUGACACUAUAGAGAACGAUGGGAGAUGUCCCUCUUCUCUGUCGACCACUGUUGUGGACACAUCAGAGAAUUGUGAAGUAGUGAUACAAGGAAGAAAAAUUAGGAGGGAUAUUGUCUCAUCUACAGAGAUGAUUCCUAGCUUACAUGUAGUGAAAUGUAAAAACGCCACAGCUUUUGGACUGGUUUCCCCAAAGAUGAACAGGCAGAGACUGCCCAAAGGUAAGAGAUCUACAGCAUGAAAUAUGUUUGUUAUUCUGUAAUAUUUCAAAUCAAAUCAAAUUGUAUUUGUCACAUGUGCCGAAUACAACAAGUGUAGACCUUACAGUGAAAUGCUUACUUACAAGCCCUUAACCAACAAUGCAGUUUUAAGAAAAAUAAGCAUUAAGUAAAACAUAGAUGAGUAAAAAAAUAAAAUUAAAAAUAAUUAAAGAGCAGCAGUAAAAGUAGCGAGGCUAUAUACAGGGGGUACAGGUACAGAGUCAAUGUGCGGGGGCACAGGUUAGUCGAGGUAAUUGAGGUAAUAUGUACAGUACCGGUCAAAAGUUUCCAGGGUUUUUCUUUAUUUUUACUAUUUUCUACAUUGUAGAAUAACCGUGAAGACAUCAAAACUAUGAAAUAACACAUAUGGAAUCAUGUAGUAACCAAAAAAGUGUUAAACAAAUCAAAAUAUAUUUUUGAUUUUUGAUUCUUCAAAGUAGCCACCCUUUGCCUUGAUGACAGCUUUGCACACUCUUGGCAUUCUCUCAACCAGCUUGACCUGGAAUGCUUUUCCAACAGCCUUGAAGGAGUUCCCACAUAUGCUGAGCACUUGUUGGUUGCUUAUCCUUCACUCUGCGGUCCAACUCAUCCCAAACCAUCUCAAUUGGGUUGAGGUUGGGGGAUUGUGGAGGCCAGGUCAUCUGAUGCAGCACUCCAUCACUCUCCUUCUUGAUCAAAUAGCCCUUACACAGCCUGGAGGUGUGUUUUGGGUCAUUGUCCUGUUGAAAAACAAAUGACAGUCCCACUAAGCGCAAACCAGAUGGGAUGGCGUAUCACUGCAGAAUGCUGUGGUAGCCAUGCUGGUUAAGUGUGCCUUGAAUUCUAAAUAAAUCACAGACAAUGUCACCAGCAAAGCAUCCCCACACCAUCACACCUCCUCCUCCAUGCUGCACGGUGGGAACCCCACAUGCGGAGAUCAUCCGUUCACCUACUCUGCGUCUCACAAAGACACACCGGUUGGAACCAAUAAUCUCAAAUUUGGACUCAUCAGACCAAAGGAAAGAUUUAUGUCCAUUGCUCGUGUUUCUUGGCCCAAGCAAGUCUCUUCUUAUUAUGUGUGUCCUUUAGUAGAGGUUUCUUUGCAGCAAUUUGACCAUGAAGGCCUGAUUCACGCAGUCUCCUCUGAACAGUUGAUGUUGAGAUGUAUCUGUUACUUGAACUCUGUGAUGCAUUUAUUUGGGCUGCAAUUUCUGAGGCUGGUAACUCUAAUGAUCUUAUCCUCUGGAGCAGAGGUAACUCUGGGUCUUCCUUUCCUGUGGCGGUCCUCAUGAGAGCCAGUUUCAUCAUAGCGCUUGAUGGUUUUUGCAACUGCACUUGAAGAAACUUUCAAAGUUCUUGAAAUGUUCUGGAUUGACUGACCUUCAUGUCUUAAAGUAAUGAUGCACUGUCGUUUCUCUUUGCUUAUUUGAGCUGCUCUUGCCAUAAUAUGGACUUGGUCUUUUACCAAAUAGGGCUAUCUUCUGUAUACCACUCCUACCUUGUCACAACACAACUGAUUGGCUAAAACGCAUUAAGAAGGAAAUAAAUUCCACAAAAUAACUUUUAAGAAGGCACACCUGUUCAUUGAAAUGUAUUCCAGGUGACUACCUCAUAAAGCUGGUUGAGAGAAUGCCAAGAGUGUGCAAAGCUGUCAUCAAGGCAAAGGGUGGCUAUUUGAAGAAUCUCAAAUAAAAAUAUAUUUUGAUUUGUUUAGCACUUUUUGGGUUAUUACAUGAUUCCAUAUGUGUUAUUUCAUAGUUUUGAUGUCUUCACUAUUAUUAUACAAUGUAAAAAAUAGUAAAAAUAAAGAAAAAGCCUUAAAUGAGUAGGUGUGUCCAAACUUUUGACUGGUAGUGUACAUGUAGGUAGAGUUAAAGUGACUAUGCAUAGAUAAUAAACAGAGUAGCAGCAGCGUAAAAGAGGGGGGGGGGGGGGGGGGGGGGGGGAAUGCAAAUAGUCCGGGUAGCCAUUUGAUUAGCUGUUCAGGAGUCUUAUGGCUUCUGGGUAGAAGCUGUUAAGAAGCCUUUUGGACCUAGACAUGGCGCUCCGGUAACGCUUGCUGUGCGGUUGCAGAGAGAACAGUCUAUGACUAGGGUGGCUGGAGUCUUUGACAAUUUUUUGGGCUUUCCUCUGACAUCGAGUUCCUGGAUGGCAGGAAGCUUGGCCCCAGUGAUGUACUGGGCCGUACGCACUACCCUCUGUUGCCAUACCAGGCAGUGAUGCAACCAGUCAGGAUGCUCUCGAUAGUGCAGCUGUAGAACUUUUUGAGGAUCUGAUGAGCAAUGCCAAAUCUUUUCAGUCUCCUGAGGGGGAAUAGGCUUUGUCGUGCCCUCUUCACAACUGUCUUGUUGUGUUUGGACCAUGAUAGUUUGUUGGUGAUGUGGACACCAAGGAACUUGAAGAUCUCAACCUGCUCCUCUACAGCCCCGUCGAUGAGAAUGGGGGUGUGCUCGGUCCUCUUCUUUUUCCUGUAGUCCAAAAUCAUCUCCUUUGUCUUGAUCACAUUGAGGGAGAGGUUGUUAUCCUGGCACCACAGGUCUCUGACCUCCUCCCUAUUGGCUGGCUCAUCGUUGUCGGUGAUCAGGCCUACCACUGUUGUGUCGUCGGGCAAACUUAAUGAUGGUGUUGGAGUCGUGCCUUGCCAUACAGUCAUGGGUGAAGAGGGAGUACAGGAGGGGACUGAGCACGCACCGCUGAGGGGCCCCCGUGUUGAGGAUCAGCAUGGCAGAUGUGUUGUUACCUACCCUUACCACCUGGGGGCGGCCCGUCAGGAAGUCCAGGAUCCAGUUGCAGAAGGAGGUGUUUAGUCCCAGCGUCCUUUUUUAAACACAAUUAUUUAUUACAUCCCUCUGUAUCAUCCUUCCUCCCUAAAGAUGUCUCCCAGGCUGGCCAACCCUCCAUGCCUGUUAGAAACGGACACCAGACCCCUCCACCGGCCCCACCCCCUGAGACAACUCAACAGCCCCCGGGUCACUAUGCUGUGUCCAGGUCUAAUGUCCAGGCACCAGAGUCAGCAGAACCCAGCACUCACCCCCUCCAGAUGGGAAUAGCAUGUCUUACUGGUAUGGAAACCCCCCUUACAUGUUUUGCCUUAGAGACAGAGGUGGAUGACAUCUCUGUCCAGGGAAAUAUCCUCACGUUCCCCUCUCCCAUACUCAGGUGGCAGAGACAGGACGGGUCGGUUGGUGGUUGAGGUUUACGGUGACCAGGAAGGCUGGAGAUCUCCUUCAGUGUCUAGUCUGGAACUCUGCAAACUCCUGCUCUACCUCCACUCUGUAAUCAGGUAUAUAUGAGACCCCCUGGUCUCUCUCUGUAGCCUGAACCACUGCAUUGUAUUAUUAAUUCAUUGUUUUCAUCUUCAUAAUUUCUAGGAGAGAACUAAGAGAACUUGGAAUGACACUAGUUAUUGAUGCUCGGCAGAAUCCACCUCCAUCACAGUUCAAUAAGGCCUUGUUGAUGCUUCAGGUAAGAAAGACUUGUCAUCUUCCUCGUCAUAUUGGUAUCAGCACUACACAAAAUCACCACAAGAGGAUAGCAACUAGCUAAAAAUGACACUGAACUCAACUAAACUUAUUUAUUAUUUUCUUCACUCCCCUGAUUUGUGCUCAGCUUUACCUGCAGGUAUAGGCUAAUGCAUUUACUCAUACCUAUUUAUUGCUGUGAGGUCUCAUAUUUUGAAUAUGUUAUAGGAGCAGAUUCCCCAUGCAGUACACAGUGUCCUUAUUCUGGUGGAGAAAGAGAGCUGCCAUCGUCCAGAGAAAUGUCCUGGACAACGGGUCAGAUCUGAACCAAGGGUUUCCUCUAAUGAUUUCCAUCAGGCUUAUAAUUUCAUAAACAGUUACUGCAUUUAUUCUGGGAGAAUUGCUGUCUGAUGUAACUGACUGUGCCAUUCGCUGUCUAUAAAUAGAUUGAUGUAGUGACAUCACUGAAGGCGUUGCACAAGAUGGUGGAGGGGAGCCAGUUGACCUACGGCCUAGAGGGCACCCUGCCCUACAGCCACCAGGACUGGUUGCAGCUCCAUCAGGUAGACCCCUAGAGGGCACCCUGCCCUACAGCCACUAGGACUGACUGCAGCUCCAUCAGGUAGACCCCUAGAGGGCACCCUGCCCUACAGCCACCAGGACUGGUUGCAGCUCCACCAGGUAGACCCCUAGAGGGCACCCUGCCCUACAGCCACCAGGACUGGUUGCAGCUCCAUCAGGUAGACCCCUAGAGGGCACCCUGCCCUACAGCCACUAGGACUGACUGCAGCUCCAUCAGGUAGACCCCUAGAGGGCACCCUGCCCUACAGCCACUAGGACUGACUGCAGCUCCAUCAUGUGGGACAGUUAGAGCAAUAGACAGACACUGGAGAACUGUUGUUUGUUGUUGUGCUUUGAUGUCUGAUGAACAGUACAUUUGUCUUUCAGAAACUUCAUCCCUUCAUGUCAGAUCUACAGGAGGCUUCAGGUUUGCUACUGAGGGCCAUCAGGAAACUAGAGGGAGGUCGUAAGAUUGACAAAGUGCAGGUAAUGAAUUUAACCUUGACCGUGACGACACUGUAUUACUGAAAACAUGUUGGAUUGGACUGAGGUUCUUAUUAUCCUGAAACCCUUCUCUCCAUGUGUGGCAGGAUGUACAGAGGUGUAUUCUAGAACAGAGAACACUGAUGAAGGAUGUUCUGGAGGACAACCGGUUGGUCGCUCUGCAAAGGGAGGGCGGAGCCAUGCUGGCAAGGCUGAGGAGGGAGAGUGACCUCAGAUACUCUCACUAUGAGGAUUACAGGUAUACUGACUGUCACUGUUUAGUAUGGCUGGGCCAAUUGAGAGGCUCCUUCACAAAAUGAUUAUCAAUGUAUUAUUCCCUUGACCUCUGACCUCUCUGUGCAGUGAUGCUGUAGACUCUGUGACCUGUAUGUACAACCAUGUAGAGGAGCAGGCCCAUGUGCUGGUGCAAAGAUCCAACAUGUCCCUGGAGCACCUUGAAUACCUGCUCCAACUCAGAGAAAUGGAGGGCCACUUCUCUAAGGUACAUUCAGAGGCUCCUCAUAUGCAUACUGUAUACCCAUUAUGUAAGGUUCAUCCAGGGGCUGUUCUUGUAAGAACGAUGGCAUGAUAAUAACUAAUUGACUAUAUGACUAAGUCAUGUUUUGGAGUAUAAAAUAAUGAUGCUCCUCCUCCUCAUGUAGAUCAGGGAAUGGUUUGAUGCCGAAGGGGAACGGCUGUUGCUGGAGGCAGAAUCGGUGGAGGACUCCAGAGAAAGAGUUGCGCAUACUCUCCAGAGUUUCAGUGUAUUCCUCUCUGAAGCCAAUGUAAGUCUGACUUUCUCCAUUCACUCUCUCUCCACCACACCAGGCAAAGUGGUGACACUGUUUCCUACUUGUUUCAUUGGAAUCCACUUAUUUAAUUUGUCUGUUACUAUCUUUUAGGAGCAGAAGCACCAGGUUAUGGCCCUGUUGACAGAGGCAGAGAAGAUCCAGGGCCCAUCUCCAUACCCUGAGACUGAGGUGUUCAGGACCAUGGUGUGCACUUUCAAGUUUGGUCUGGCUGACUUCCUCUCACGGGCGGAUAGGUGCCGCAGUGAGCUGGAGACUAUGGUCUCUGUGUGCAACUUCUGUGAACAGGUUGGUGGGAUGAGUUGUUCCACAAUUGCUGUUUACGUCUUUUUAUACAGCAUAUAUUGAUGUUGACAUGUUGUAGGGAUAUAGGAAAAAGUAAUGAAACUUUAAUGACUAUCACCUCUCAGUGCCUCUUUCGGGGUUUUUGAAUAGGUAUUCUGCCUCUUUCUUCUAGGCUACUGAGCUGGCCAAAGACUGCAGACAAUACCUGGACCAGGAGCAGGUUGGCAGACACCCAGAGACGGAUGAUGUCUCUACACUCCAGAUGUACCAGGAGAGCUUUGUCCAGUUCUCCCCAGAGCGCUUCCAGGAGGUGAAGGCCCAGGCGUGUGCUCUGAGGGGCUCCAGGGGCAUGCGGGUGUGGAACGUAGCCUGGCUCAAGUGUCAGGAGGUCAGACAGCAACUGGAGGAGAGACUGCAGGAUGUGGAGAGGGCCUUGAGGAACACAGGCCCCUGGCAAGAACAACAUAGACCUGGUGAGGAUCAGGCCACGGCUCAGACAGUGACUCAUCAUGAUAGAGCUCUGUUACUGCCCAGACCUGGUCCACCACACUGGUACAAUCCCCCAACAGGCUCUAUGGUGGGAAGGUAUCAUGGGACCUUGGAGAGCAGGAACAACUCUGUGACCUGCUGUAAUAUCAACUUCAAGUAUGAGAAUAACAGACCUUGUAAAGGGUCAAAGGCCACCACCGUGCAGGCCUCUCCCAACAUCAAAUCCAUUAGGAGAGCGGAGAGGGAGCCCAGCAGGAGAGAGGCCUGUCGAGGAAGGAGCGGAGAGGCCGCCACCCUUGCAGACUCACAGACGGUGGGCUGUGAGUGGUUCCCGUGGCAACGUGGGGACCUGGGCCGGUCCAUGAGCGAGGACUCGUGUGCGAGCGCCAUGUCCAGUCAGUCUGAGGCUCGGGUCCAGACACCAUCCUGCUCCCACGGGCAACCCUCCUGCCGGAUCCUGCAGGCCGCUCAAAAGUUCCAGAUCUCACGGCAUGGCAGCUUCUGCUCAGCGGAGUCCUGUAGUGGCCGAGAGGGGAAUACUAGCUCAUCAGUGAGGAGGUGUAAGGGAACAACAUCUCUAGGAAGUCCAGAGGAGAACGCUGGCAGUGUACUGUAAGUUACUAAUCGAGGAAGACCUUCACCUUAGAACGACUCAAUGUAUUUUUAUCCUUCUGUGCUUCAUCUAUUUUUUUCCUGUCUCUAAGCUUGCACUGAAGUGACACAGGUACAUUACAUACUUAUUUGGACUAAACAUGAGAGCUUGUGUUUGGCUGUGUUGUUGGUGUAACUUUAUAUCUCUGUAGGAAGCUGCAGAGGAUCAUGGAGGAGCUGCUGUUAACAGAGAGGGAGUAUGUGCGCUCCCUGGGCUACAUCCUGACGCACUACCUCCCACUGCUGGAGAGGACUGACGUGCCUCAGGACCUGCGGGGCAAACGUGGAGUGAUAUUUGGAAACCUGGAGAAACUGUAUGACUUCCACAGCCAUUUCUUCCUCAGGGAGCUGGAGGCCUGUCAGACAGAACCCUUAGGAGUGGCUCGCUGCUUCCUAAGACACGUGAGUUACAGUUUGCCUGCUCAUGUCUCUUAAUUCAAAAUUUAAGCUUGAGCUCUAUAACUCUGUUGAUUUGUUGAAUUUGCUACUGAAUUUGAUACCUUGAAUAUUCCUGUUGUGCUGUAAACUCUCCCCUCUAUAUGCAGAGAGACAGUUUAGGCCUUUAUGCUCUCUACAGCAAGAACAAGCCUCAGUCAGACGCCUUAAUCCUUCACCAUCGCCAUGACAUCUUCAAGGUGAGGCACUCCCAUCAAUACUCAGUGUCAAAGAUCAAUGGUCAAUUCCUAUCAAUGCUCUCGCCAUCCCUCCUGUGAUCAAUUAUCUGUGCCGUCUCCUCCCACCCCAGAGGAAGCAGCAGGAGCUGGGGGACCACAUGGACCUGUCCUCCUACCUGCUGAGGCCCAUCCAGAGGAUCAGUAAGUACAGCCUGCUUCUGCAGGACAUGCUGGGGGUGUGUGGGCCUCAGAGAGACAGGGACAGGGAAGAGCUCCAGGCUGCAGUCGAUGUGGUCCGCUUCCAGAUGCGACAUAGCAAUGACCUCCUCACCAUGGACGCCAUCCAGGACUGUGAUGUAAGUUUACCAUCCAUCUCCAAAAUAAUGUGUAACUUAUGAACAGCUGUCUAAAUGGGGGGUUAAUGGGGGUGUAUAAGGAAAUGAUCACCUAUUAUUGUAUAAACAGUAUCAAGGAUUUUCAGGAAUAAACAUGGUUGUCUUUUUCUCUACUCCUCCCCCUCCAGGUGAAUCUGAAGGAGCAGGGCCAGCUGAUUCGCCAGGAUGAGUUCAUCGUGUUCUUCAGAAAGAAGAAGUGCUUCCGUCGUAUCUUCCUCUUCCAGGAUCUCAUUCUCUUCAGCAAGACCAAGAAGACAGAUGUGGGCAAUGAUGUGUACAUCUACAAACAAUCUUUCAAAGUGUGUAUACAACAUUCUUUUUUUUUUUGUGAACAACCGUAAAACACCCCAUUUUCAGAAUACAUUUGUAGUAUUGUUUUCAUUGCAAUCUUACAGGCCUUUAUAUUUGCUAAACAAAGACCAAAUCAUCCAGCCCUUAUGUUGAAAUUGGUAACAGAAAGCAGUGUUUAUUUAGUCUUUCUUUCUUUAGCCUUUCUUUCACUUCUGUUUCUGUCUAGACGUCUGAUAUCGGGAUGACACAUAACUCUGGAGAGAGUGGUCUGUGUUUUGAGAUCUGGGUCCGGAGGAGGAAGUCCCAGGACACGUACACUCUGAAGGCUGACAGGGCAGAGGUGAAGAGGUCCUGGACCAGAGACCUGGAGCAGAUUCUCUGGGAACAAGCUGCCUACAGCAGAGGUUAAGCCUCCAUUCUGUAUAUAUCCUGUCAAUCACUAUUCAUGGUCUUUUAUCAACUGUCUACUUCAAAUGUGAUUUUUAAGUCAUAGACGAUAUUUGUUUGUUCCUCUAGCCGACCUCUGUGUCUGUAAUUAUUGAUAGAUUUUCUUUAGGGGGUGCAAUUGUUAACAAAUACAUCAUAUUGAUGUUUUGGUAAAGUGUGUUAAAGGGUGUUUGGUGUGUUGUAGAGCUGCGGAUGCAGGAGAGGGUGUUCAAUGGGAUGGGGAGGAAACCUUUCAUGGACAUCCAGCCUAGCGAGGCAGCAAUCUGUGAGAGGACCGUCAACUGUGUCCUGCUAGGAAGAGGUAUAAAGUCCACAGCCAAGUCCCAAGUCCCAUACCCAUGAACUGACAACACAAAUGUGUAAUGUACUCACUGACUGAAUUGUCUCUUUCCUUGGUCAGCCCUGGUGCCGUCUUGUCCACAAACAGAUCUUGAAUUUCUCCGGCCCAACUCCAUUGGUUCAGGCAGUAGUGCCUCUACCUCCUGCAGCCACUCAUCUUCCUCCUCUGGACGAGGUUCAUUACCUCCGGUUCGUUACCCUGGUAACCAGACACAAGGUGGGGAGACCAAUCAUAUGGUCUAUUCUUUCCCGGCGACUGUGACGGUGACGGAAGAGGAUCUCAGUAAUCAUCAUAAUCACCAGAAACAAAACCUUAAUCUCAGUGAGUUUUCUUGUUCUUGGAUGGUACAUGACUGAAACUAACAGACAUACAGUAUUUUACUCUUGAUAUGUGCAAGCAUGUGUCUAAACCUGAGUGAUGCCAUAUCUACAUACCUGUUGAUAUUCCAGUGGGCUGCACAGAGUCGUCGGGUGAGAGUGCCAGUGUGUUCAUCAGCUCGGAGCGCAGCUGCCUCUCUGCCAUUUGUGGAGAGGUGGAGGACUCGUCAUCAGUCACGUCCCAGAGUUCCCAGUCCCAUGUCACCCAGAGAACAGCAGCACCCAGUCUCAGGAAGAACAGCUCACCUGCUACCAUCAGGAAGAAGCCCUCCAUCGCUCCCAAACCACCAGCGCUGGCUGCUCCUCAGAGCCUGCAAAAG